GCACCAUAUGUGAAUACAUAACAGACAAACAGACAACAUUGCAGUAAAAAAUAUUUUGACGUAAGACGUAGCGCUUACUCAAAAUCCUAUCAGAUUAAAUCAACUCCAGCGUCUAGAAACGUUUCAGGACUGCCCAAAAUGGGCUUGUUUGGAAAGACACCGGAAAAAGACCCCAAAGAGCAGGUGAAUGAGUGGUGUCGGAAAAUCAGAAAGGAGUCCAGCCAGCUGGAUAGGCAGAUCAGAGGCAUCCAGAGAGAGGAGGAGAAGGUGAAGAGGUCGCUUAAGGAGGCUGCCAAGAAGGGUGACAAGGACGUGUGUCUGAUAUUGGCCAAAGAAGUGCUCAGGGCCCGAAAAGCCAUUGCCAAAAUUUAUUCAUCUAAAGCGCACCUGAACUCCAUACAAAUGCAGAUGAAAAAUCAACUUGCCACCAUCAGGGUUGCAGGAGCAUUAAAGAAGAGCACAGAGGUCAUGACUUCCAUGCAACACCUUGUGCGAGUACCUGAGGUGGCAGCAACCAUGAGGGAGUUGUCCCGAGAAAUGAUGAAGGCGGGAAUUAUUGAGGAGAUGCUGGAGGAGACCUUUGAAGGUCUGGAGGACCAGGAAGAAUUGGAAGAAGAAGCACAGGAAGAGGUUGAUAAGGUUCUGUGGGAGGUGACCCAAGGUCAACUGGGGAAAGUGCCUGCCAUGGUCACGGACACGCUGCCCGCCGCUGUGGUUGAACCGGAGGCGGCGUCUGCCUUGGUCGAUGAUCCUGAUGAGCUGGAAGAAAUGCAGAGCAGGCUCCAGGCCCUCAGGAGCUAGACCUACACUGUGCAAAAUGUACAUACAUAACACCCUGUCUUGUGGGGCUAAAAAUUACGAAAAAGAUUGAGUAAUUUUAAUUGUUAUUUUCUAAAUAUACCUGUGAUUAGCUUUUAAGUACAUUUUGUAACCUGUUGGCACCAUUUUCACAUGAGUAUUGUUAAACAAUGACAUAGUGUAGACCACUAGUUAUCGCUGCCUGGAGAAACACUUUUAAUGGAAACACCCAUCCCGACACAUCGCCGGAAACUUAAGAUUUUUCAUGCGUCUCAAUAACACUACUAUGUUUAAAGACUUUUGUUUGAAAGUAACUUCAGUUUUAGCUACGUUUAAUUUAAAUUUAGAUCUCCUAGGCUGAGCAGUAAAGUUUUAAAAUGAGUUUAAAUAAAGACAUAAUUUUCAACAAAUUUUGUAAUAUUUUUUUUCUUCAGUAUUUUAUCGCUUACAAUCAGCACCAUGGUUCGCUGUUGUUUUCAAAUGUAGCUGUAAAAUGUAUCAGCUGGUCAGCUACCACGAUGGGUAAGGGAAAUAUCUAUGAUAUGGAACUACAAAUUCUAAGAUGAAUAAAUUUUUAUAGCAGCUAAAUGUGGUAACAGCCAAAGCAGAUUAUUUUCUAGUGUGCGGUUUGAAUCACCUUGAAUAAUUUCUCCUGGUCUUAUUGCCAAGGAAAAUGAUGCCAAGGGUGUUAAAUUCUUUGAUUGCGUGAGCAUGGGACGAUUAUCUUGCUUUCAUACAGGACAAAACUCUUACAAAAAUUAAAGUCAUUAGUUUGAGGCUUUUUCCUAGAGCUAAAUUCUUUAUCUUUUAUCACGAAAAAGUUAUAUGAAAGCUCCAAACUACUUUAAAAUUUAAUAUAAAACCAAAUAAAUAAUUUGUUAUUGAUAUCAAAUUUUGACUCUAGGUUUUGAGAGGUAAAUGAAUGACAAGACAAAAAAAUAAAUGAUAAAAUGAUUGGUGUUAUAUCAUUUGGAAAGAAAAUACAGUUUAUUUAUUAUAUUC